CAACAUGGCGGGUAGGGGCCAUGUGCAGGAUCCCAACGACAGGAGACUCAGACCUAUUUACGAUUACCUGGACAAUGGCAAUAACAAGAUGGCUGUCCAGCAGGCCGACAAGCUGCUGAAGAAGCACAAGGACCUCCACUGCGCCAAGGUCCUGAAGGCCAUUGGUCUGCAGCGCACCGGCAAGCAGGAUGAGGCCUUUACGCUAGCGCAGGAGGUGGCCACGCUGGAACCCACUGACGACAACUCAUUACAGGCCCUCACCAUACUAUACAGAGAGAUGCAUCGGCCGGAACUGGUGACCAAGCUUUAUGAGUCGGCAGUGCGGAAGGUGCCGAGCAGCGAGGAGUACCACUCCCACCUCUUCAUGGCCUACGCUCGAGUCGGCGAGUACAAGAAGAUGCAGCAGGUUGGAAUGGCACUUUACAAGAUUGUCCCCAAGAAUCCCUACUACUUCUGGUCGGUAAUGAGCUUAGUGAUGCAGGCCAUCUCAGCCCAGGACGAGAAGCUGUCCCAGACCAUGUUCCUGCCGCUGGCAGAGCGCAUGGUGGAGAAGAUGGUGAAGGAGGACAAGAUCGAGGCAGAGGCAGAGGUGCAGCUGUACUUCAUGAUCCUGGAGCGCCUGGGGAAGUACAUGGAGGCGCUGGAGGUGGUGCGGGGACAGCUGGGGGAGAAGCUGACCAGCGAGCUACAGAGCCGGGAGAACAAGUGCAUGCUGCUGUACAAGCAGCUGGAGCAGUGGCCAGAGUGCAAUGCCCUGUCCCGAAAGCUGCUGCUCAAGAACCCGGAUGAUUGGCAGUUCUACCUGUCUUACUACGACUCUCUCUUCCGUAUCAUGGACCAGGGUUGGGCUCCCCCUUCAGAAGGAGAGCACUGUGUGGAGGGAGAGGUGCAGCAUUCGGUAGCAGACGCCAUCAGCUUCGUGGAAGAGCGUUUGGCAGCAGAGGAGGGGAAGGAGUCUCGGCCUUUGCGAGGGCCUUACCUGGCCCGUCUGGAGUUGAUCCAGCGGUUAAGGAAGCGGGGCUGCCCGGAGGAGCACCAGCUAGGCGAGCCCCUGGAGCUGAUGUUCCAGUACUUUGUGAAGUUCGGGGACAAGCCCUGCUGUUUCUCGGACCUCAAGAUUUUCCUGGACCUCCUGAACCCCGAGCAGCACAUGCAGUUCAUUAACAGACUGAUGGAGACGGUGCCCCUGCAGGCCCCCGGGGAGGAGGGGGCGGGGCUGGCCCUCCCAGAGGACACGCGCGCCCUCCAGAGGCACCUGUGCGUGUUGCAGCUGAGCCGCGCGCUCGGCCUGCAGCACGCUCUCGACCCUGCCGGCAAGCUCGCCCUUAUCCAGGAGCUCAAGGCCCGCUACCGCCACGGCCUGCAGUUCGGAAAGGCCUGCCUGAAGACGGAGCUGCAGUUCUCUGACAUGUACUGCCUGAUGGCCAGCCACGUCUGCAUUGACCUGUGGGCAGAAACAGGCGACGAGGGUGCGCUGUGGCAGUGCCUGGGCCUGCUGGAGGAAGGCCUGACGCACAGCCCCUCCAACGCCCAGUUCAAGCUGCUGCUGGUCCUGCUCUUCUGCCGCCUGGGCGCCUUCGAGCCGGUGGUGGACCUCUACUCCAGCCUGGAUGCCAAACACAUCCAGCACGACACCAUCGGCUAUCUGCUGACCCGCUAUGCAGAGUCCCUGGGCCAGUUUGCUGCUGCUUCCCAGUCGUGUAAUUUCUCCCUCAGGUUUUUCCACUCAAACCAGAAAGAUACCUCAGAAUAUAUCAUUCAAGCUUAUAAGUAUGGUGCGUUUGAGAAAAUCCCUGAGUUCAUCGCCUUCAGGAACCGGCUGAAUCGCUCGCUGCACUUCGCCCAGGUGCGCACCGAGAGUAUGCUUCUGGACCUCUUCCUGGAAGCAGAUAUAUCAUCCAGCCUGGAGGACAGUGUGAAGUCCCUUGGCCUGUGUCCUGAGGAGGACGACAUCCCCUGGGCCGACAUGAGGGACAACCGAGACCUGACGGUGCUGACCAGCUGGGACCCCAAGGACCGGCAGCUGUCUGAGGAGCAGAGGCGCCAGUCUCUGGAGGAGGAGUCUCUGUGGCUGCGGUUGCGCUCCCUCACGCUGCGGUUGGCUGGGUCCCUCUCCACGCUGGGCCACCACCCCGUCCCCCGCAACUCGGAGAAGGCAGCCGAAAACGGCCUGGCAGCCAAAUCGGACAUUGUGCGCCCCCUGCUGUCCCAGCUGGACACAACGCUCCAGGAUGCUGCACGCUUCAUAGAGAGGGGUGUUCAGUACCCGUUCCUGGGGCCUCCUUCUACACGCCUGGCCUCCGCAUUGACCAGUGGGGGCUGCCAGUGCCAGGCUGCAGCUUUCCAAUUGGCUGUCCACCUGCAGGAGCUGGAAGCCAGUGGGCUGGAAGACACAGCUGAGGUCCAAACGCAGAUAGGGAACAGCUUCAAAUCGUUAUUAGCACAGUUACAAGAGAUAUUUAGUAAAUGCAAAGGCGACCUGUUGGAAGUCAGAGAUAAUCAAUGCAAAACCCAGCCUUCACUAUUAGAAAACUUAGUCGUCUUUGUUGAGAGCAUCUGCAUUGUCCUGUGGGUCUCCAGCUACUGUGGCAGUGUCCUCAGGCCCCUCAAGUCCAGCCUACAGAAGAAGAAGAAGAAGAAAAAGGAAACCACCACUGCCACGCCGGUUGUGUUCAGCGGGUACCAGGAGUACACAGCCAGCCUGCAGACGCUCCUCACUGAGGCCCUGGACCACAUUAAGGAGCAGGAGGCCACUCUGACCGCACUGAAGAUGAGUGGACUGUCCCUGCAGGAGCGAGCACUGACUGAGGAGGAGGGCAGGUUUGUGCAGGUGGCGAUGGACAAGGUGCAGAGCAGCUACCUGAGGUCACUGCAGGAGCUACGGGAGCUGCUGAGGAAGAGGGCGGACACACUGCGAAGCCUCAAGAUAUGAGGGCCCACCCACUCACUCACUCACUCACUACCCCCUACCCCCAACACCCCCCCAUACUCUUCCCCACUCCCACUGUCCAUGGCCACCUACAGCUCAGUUUCUGCCCUUCUCCCCCCUUCUUUCUGUCUGUUCCCAAGCCUUUCACGUCCUCUUUCUGCUGUCACCUCGUUCCUCCUCCCCUUCAUCACACACACGUACACACACCUGUGAAAUCCACAGUUCUUCCUCCUCGCAGCCACAUGAAGGACUUGCAGGCUUGUUGUUAAAGAGAGCAAGGCAAAGAAAACGCAGUAUGUGAACAAUACAUAGCAAAAUUAAGUAAAUAAGCAAUGUUAGAAUAACUGUGCAGAUAAAUUAUUGUACAUAUUCCGCUACAGAGGAAACAACUACUAAAUCUCCUUUUCAGAAAAAUACACUUACUCUUUUGCUUUGGUUUUUAUGUAUUCUGUUGCUUUUGGUUUUCCGCUUUUGUUGUUCACCUGUAGGCAUCUAGAGAAACCCACCAUUUGGUCCUGUCCCUCAUGCCAACAUCAACAUUGCAGGGGAUCGUGGGUACAUUUCAGUGUGACAUUUCAGUUCCCUUGCUGUAGUGCUGCCCUUAAAUAAAAUGUAGAACGGAAGAGCAUUUUACAAGGACUAAGUUGCUCCGUCUCCUCAUCAGUGAAAUGCCGUGGAGUGGAGGAGGCCAUUUUAAAUUUGAGAUUUCUUGUAUGCCGCUUGUCCAACAAUGAUAAUGACACAAAAUGAGCCACGUGACAUCUUUGACAGUAGUCUGUCAGAGACCUGAUCUCUUUAUUUUUUAUCUGUGGUGAUGCUGAACUCUGUAAAGUGGAAGUACAAUUCAAGUUAGCAGGAGAAGAUGAAAAUUGCUGCAGAAACUGUGUAAGGAGCACCUGGGUUCUUGUUGACAAGGAUUUGUCACCGUCUUUGUUCUCAAGCCAGAUUCUGAUGGACUUGCACAGAACCUUCAGAGGGAACCUACUUCCCGGCUCUUCUUGUGUUGUUUUUCAUUGCGUCGUCUCUUCCAUGUCCAGCGGGAAUCAGAGAGAAAGUAUCCUAGGCUGGGUCACCCAACACUUCGGCACAUGUGAAGACUGGAGUCUGGCCAUUUCCUUUUGGCUGGUGCACUGCUGUUAUUAAGUCGAUGUAGGGGGAGGGUUCCAUUUCACCACCCCAAGGAAAAUGUGCACCUACUCUGCAUGGAUCCUGGUGUGGAAGCAGCAAUUUUGCACUUGGGAGAGAAAAGACAAGUCCUUUAUGGACCCUGAACAAGAAAAAAAAGAAUCAUGUUUUUAUGUUCUUUCAGGAGUUCCAAUAUCAGUGCGUGCCCGGUCUGUGAAAAGUGAAUGGUUAUGUAUUUUGCUUUGAAUCGUUUCACCUUUUAGUAUCAAAACCGUUAUUUCCUUUUUUUUUUUUUCCUCCUGUCUUCUAUUUUUCCUACGUAUACACAUAUACCAAAUAAUGGCUUUACAGUGUAGCUUUGCCAUUUAUGAUCUUUAGGAAUGCAAUCGUGUUGUGCAUUAGAAGCCAUACCAUGUCAGAACGCAGGACCAGCUGCUGUUUACAAGACCCCCUAGGGCUUUUGAAAGACUGUUCCCCUUUCCAGUCCCCUUAUCGUUGUGUGCACUCUCCAAUGCCCUUUUAAUUUAUGCUGUUUCUUGUUUUCCCUUUUUUGGAUUGUAGGAGUAGAUGGUUUAUUUUUAUCAAGAUGGUAAGGGAGAAGUUGGGCACAGGGAGUGACUGUACAUGAACAAUUUCCGUUUCCUUCUCGGAGUGACACAGUUCUCCCGGGGGUCCCAGCGAGCCCUCACGUUCUACAGUGGGGUGAUGGGGG